GUGGCUUUGUUUUGUCGCGCGUGCACAGCGUGAAGGCGGAAUCAUAACAGAAGCGGAACCGCAGCCGGAGAAUCGACUCUUUGCCAAAACAUAGAACUUAGAGGCGUUUUUUUAUAUUUUAUUGUGCAGAUCAAAUUUGGACAGACUUUUUUUUUUGUGUGUGUGUGCACAUAUGUGUAAUGUGCACCGUUUAAACUGGGCGUCUAAAGUGCAUUGUUUAAUGACAUUUUAAAGUUCCUGUUGAUGCUAUAAUCCUUGAACACUGAUGGCAGAAGGAGGGUUUGAUCCCUGUGAAUGUAUCUGCUCUCAUGAGCAUGCGAUGAGGAGACUCAUCAACCUGCUGAGGCAGUCGCAGUCCUACUGCACGGACACAGAGUGCCUUCAGGAAUUGCCAGGACCCAGUUCUCCAAUAGGGGGCGAUCUGACUCUGCCUAUGAUUAUUAUGGGCUGGAUCGUGUUGGCACUGGUACUUUUCCUGCUUCGUCCUCCCAGCAUGAGAAGACCAAGAACCUCCAACAAACCCACUAGUCCCUUUAAUAAUAACAGCAGAGAUCCUCCAGCACCUCCAGUAGACUAGCGACGAACCAGGGCUCCUGACUCCAAACCACGACCAAGACGUUUCGCCUACGACCCGAGCGUUAGACCCGUCUUCCGUCUGAUCGGCUCCUCUUCCUCUUCUAUCUGUUAGGACUGAUUACUUUUUAAUCCUGAAACUUUUCUAUAAUCGAGUGGAGUAUUAACCGUCGAAGUGAUUGAAGUGGUUAAGGAAACAACAAUAAUGAAGCCAAAGCAAUUAUUUUUUUUUUUUUUUCCUUUUCUUAAAGACUUAAAGUUCACCACCACCCUUAAAAAAAUAAAACAUUUAAGACGUGUGUGUUCUCCAUGGUGUUGUUUUAAGUAAGCAAAAGUAAAUAUAGCUCAAGACACCAUGACUAAUCCUAGACACACACAUGAUUCACGGUAAGGUUGCCUCUUCUAGAUGGGGGUAUAUUUCAGGGUGGAGGUUGUAGCACAUUCUGCACGAGCUGCGUCAGUUCGCUCACUUCUGAUGUCAUUCAUGAGAUCAGAACAAGGGCCUUGGCUCUGGUGCGGUAUGACUCUUAAAGCCAGUUUGCAGAGAUGCUCUCUCUCGCACCUCUUAACACACCAGUCAGUUCGCAUUUUUUCUUUAUUUUAGUUUCAUAAUAACUGAAGCAGAACAUUGAGGUUAACAAGAACGCUGAGUGUGUGUCAUGAGUGUGGGUGUGGUACGAGCAGAGCUGUGGACCGUCUGGGAUCAUUGAAGGCUUCUUUGGGACCAGACACAAAAGUUUAGCACUUAAUGUACUUAAAAUUAUAGGGACAGUCCGUGCCAGCAUUUAAAGAGAAUUUGAUUCAGAUUUUUCUCUGCAAUUAAUCUCAAUGAACAGAUUUCAAUCUGUUGUUGUUUUUUUUUUUUUUUUUUUUUUUUUAAAUUGGCCAUCAAAUGACCAAAACAUGCCUAAAGUCAUAAACAUUUAUAGACCGCCCAUCCUAUACGGAUUAGUUUCACUACGCAAUCGUUUACAUGAUCUGCUUUCACGUGAGCAAGUUACUGCUGAAUAACCAUCCAAUAUAACGAUGAAUCAAACAGGGAACGUUUAUUUAUGGCCUUUUUAAAUAUCCUACAAAAGACAUUUGAGGGUUCCGAAUAAGUUCUAUUUCCGCACCUUAACAUUCGAAGGACCUUUUUACUGUGUGUUUCAAAAGUCUGUAGCGUAAAGAAAUAAAAAGACCGUAGCUUAUAUCAGGAUGGUCGUAUAUACAGUUCGAGACUUGCUGUGUUGUAAUGUUUACUAACGUGACAUAUAAACCUGUUCCACUUGUGUUUGGAGUAUAUAAUAUCUCGAUCAUUAGUCAGGCAUGGAAAACAUUUCUGGAUGUUCCUCUGAAUUAUUAGUACUUACACAGAUUUAAUUCAGAUUAGAAUUGGCUCUAAGAGAAAGGGCUUCAAAUAUGCACUUUUGGUUAUUGAACAUAAACAGUUAAUAAAAUCUAUAUCAUGCA